UGUCGAGGCAUGUUCGCUGGGUACUGCAGGAAGGUGUUGGUGACUGAGAUAGAAUUGUAACUCCAAAGACCUGUUACCUGGCAUUGUGAUCGUGGUUGGUGAAUGGAUUCAGCGUGUUUCUCCAACUCGCAACGCCUUUCCUGCCACAUCAUGAACCCGGAUUUAUUCAAACCUAGCCCAGAACGGGUACAAGUUGCCCAGCCAGUAAAACCGAACAGGAACAAAACGGAACAAAUAAAACCUGAAUUGGCUCAGGUGGUGGCUGACUCCAAGACGGGAAGAUGUUACUGCAAAGGAAAGCUUUUGGGAAAGGGUGGUUUCGCACGAUGCUACGAAAUGACAGACCUUGCCAACAACAAAAUGUAUGCUGUCAAGGUUAUUCCACAAAGCCGAGUGUCAAAACCUCACCAGAGGGACAAGAUAACAAAUGAAAUCGAGCUCCACAAAACACUACAUCACAAACAUGUGGUGAAAUUCUCGCACCAUUUUGAGGACGAAGACAACAUCUACAUCUUCCUGGAGCUAUGCAGCAGAAAGUCCCUGGCACACAUCUGGAAGGCGCGACACACUCUCACAGACCCCGAAGUUCGGUACUAUCUCCGGCAGAUCAUAUCGGGCUUGAAGUACCUGCACAACAAAGGCAUCCUCCACAGAGACCUCAAACUAGGUAAUUUUUUUGUGAAUGAGAACAUGGAGCUGAAACUAGGAGAUUUUGGGCUGGCUGCCAAGCUGGAGCCGGUGGAACAGAGAAAAAAGACCAUCUGCGGUACUCCAAACUACCUGGCUCCAGAGGUGCUCAACAGACAGGGACACGGACCUGAGUCGGACAUUUGGUCGCUGGGCUGUGUCAUGUUCACACUGAUGUGUGGGAACCCACCCUUUGAGACGCUGGACCUGAAGGAGACCUACAAGUGCAUCAAGGAGGUGCGAUACACCCUGCCCUCCACCCUCUCCCCCGCUGCCCAGAAGCUGAUCUCUGGUAUACUGCAGAGAAACCCCAGCGACCGCCUCACCCUGGACCAGAUCCUCAACCACGAGUUCUUCACAAAGGGCUUCACUCCUGACAAACUGCCCCCUAGCAGCUGUGUAAUGGUGCCAGAACUCAACCCACCCAGCCCUGCCAAGAAGUUCUUCACCAAGAUGGCCAAGAGCCUCUUUGGCAAGAAGAAAUCCAAAGUGGAGAAAGUCCCGUGCGAAGAACGAGAUGAAAUCUCCAAGCUAGUGACUGGCAUCGUCAAGAGCUCCAUCAGCCGACAGAUGAGCUACAAGACUGUGGAGGCCAACGAGGCCACAUCUCCCAGCGGUCAACUGGCCAGCACUAGUCCACCGGACACCCAGGCAGAGGAGGAGUCCAGGAAGUCCACGUCGCGCUCUUUCAAAGGCACCGUAGCCAGUAGCACUGAAGCUUGUGACGACGGCCUCACCCCUGCCGCGGUGGCAGAGUCGGCAAUGAAGGUUCUUGGCGGCUGCCUGUCCUCCAUGCCCACAGCUUCAAGAAACCCACCCUAUCUAUCAAGGCCGAAAUCCUUUGUCUGGGUCACCAAGUGGGUUGACUACUCCAACAAAUACGGCUUUGGCUACCAGCUGUCCAAUCAGAACAUCGGCGUGCUGUUCAACGAAGGGACGCACCUCAGCCUGAGCGACCAGCGAAGGACCGUCAAUUACUACCUGACGAACAACAAGCACUUCACCUUCCAAGCUUCGGCAGUCCCCGAACAGCUGCGCGGUCAGAUGCAGAUCGUGGAGUACAUGGCCACCUACAUGGAGCAAAAUCUGAUGGAGGGUGGAGACCUGCACUCCUCAGACCAGUCCCCCUCCACCUCCCCUCUGCUGCUGCAGUGGGUGAAGACUGACCACGCCCUCCUGAUGCUCUUCAGCAACGGCACCAUACAGGUGAAUUUCUACACCGACCACACCAAGAUCAUUCUGUGCAAGAGCUCCGACUCCUCCUCCUACCUCCUGACCUACAUCAGCCGGGAACGCGUCUCGUACACGUACAAUCUGAGCGCGCUCAAGGAGCAGGGCUGCGCCACCGAGCUGCGCCACCGCCUGCGCUACGUCCAGCAGCUGCUGCAGCACCACAUGGGUGCUUAAGCCACGCCCCCCCACCCCCCACCCUGAUCCAUUCACUCAGGACUCUUACGACGAGCCGCCAACCGCUGCUUUCCUGCUUCCAAUGGGGAGCGAUUUCGGUGGGGACUCCGCCCCCCCCCCCCGGGUGGGGGAGUCUCAACCUCUGGCUAGUGUCUGGCCUUUUUGGACUAUGGUGCACAUUUAAUCUUUUUUUUUUUUUUUUUUCCUUAAUUUUUAUUAUUAAACGACAACCCACAGCUCAACUGCUAUAACACACUACUGGCUUGAUUCACCUCACGAAAAACUUGGGCCAUCAUCCCUUCUGCUGCUGCACAGAUUUGGGGGACCAACUGACAGGCGCCGUGGCAAUGGGCAGCCAAGUGACUCUCCCUUACCGAAAAAAAGCUGUCUGUUCUGUGCUCGGGACUUUUUUAUGCUUUAAAAUGUCACCUGUUUAAAGCAACCAUUUUAUGAGAGAAUUCUGCUUCACUAUACGGUACUCACCAGGCUGGGAUGGCAUGGAUGGAAGAUUUGAAGGGGGAAGCGACACGUUAUUUGCACUAUGAAUCAGUUUUAUUUCUUUGGGGAGGCAGCUGUUUUUUUUAUCACUAGUUUCAGUGUUUUUACUAUAGAUAUAUAGAACUAUAUAACUAUAGAUACCAAAAGGUCAUUCCUUUUUAAACUUUAAAAUGAGGACAGGCAAAGGUCUUACGUUGGUAGGAGUGAGCAUGGGCUGCAGCAGUCAGAUGGUCAAGCUUUACACAGUGACUGAAUGUGAUGGGAGGGACGAGUGGGGAGGGUGGGAGGGGUAAAGUGCCUUUGGGGGGGGGGGGGAGCCUAGAUUGUGCAAUAAUGCCCCUUCAGAAGCUAAAUAGACAAAUGGAAGCUGAAAAUAGGUUAAGGGGAGGGGCCAAAGUUAUAUGCAUUUUUCUUUUUCCUCUUUUUGAUGGGUUGAAUAAGUCGUUUUGGAAAUGAGGAAGCGGUGUCACUUGUGCAUGCUUGUUUUUGGCUGUGGAAGGACCCGGCACCUGUGUGUGCGUGUCUGUGUGUGUGUGUGUGAAUGUACUCCUUCUGUCUUUACUCCUUCUGUUUCUCCUGCUAAGAGAUGCUCAGCUUCCUCUGCCCUAAAAUCAUAUCCCGUUUGUAAACUGUGACCUUGAGCCUAAGUGUUAUUAAAACUAACGAGCAUUGUGUUUUCAAAUCCACAAGAAGGUGAAAGGCUUUGCCCUUUCACAGAAUUUAAAUAUCCUUUAAUUUAUUUACAUUUUGUGGCACAUUCGUCCUGUCUUUAAUAUUUAUUUUUAUUUAUAAAUUGUUUUAUUUAUUAUUGUUUACAUCUUGUGUGGUGUUGACACUUGGGGAAAUGUUCAAUAUCACUUUUUUUAUGUGUUGGGAAAAUUGGAAAAAUAAAGUUUAUUG